UUGCAUAUUGCAAUUUGGCAAUUAAUAAUGUAACAUGCUACCAGCACCCACCCACUGCUACCCUCUCUAUCUUUCUCUCUGGUUUUUGCUGUUCUCUCGCUCUCAGUCUCUCAGUCUCAGUCCCUUUGCUUGUUUUCCAUUUUUGUUAUGCUUGUUGGGUCUCUGAUUCGUCAAGAAUUCACUAUUCUUGGUUUUUUCUGGGUACCCAUUACCCACCCUGACCUCCAUUUCUAUCUCCACGUUGUGUUUUCUUGGUUGCGAAGCUCUGUCAGGUUCUUUAGCUUCCCCUCAUUUUAUUUCAACAACUUCAGUGUAUUUCUACGGACAUUUUGUUUCGUUUGUUUGAGCAUUGUUGUUUCCUUUAAUUCGUUUUUUGUACAUUGCUUGUAGAGACUCCAAUUCUUGUUCGCUGAGCUGCUUUUAACUGAUAAAAAGAUGUAGAUUUUUGUUAUGUUUCCCUGCUUUAUUUUUUUUUAUUGGUUUUCUCAUUCUUUUUUGUUCAUUUUAGCAAUUGGGUUUCUGCUCUUCCUCGUUUUGUGGUGCAAAAAUUUUGGUAAACUUAUUCCUUUAUUUCUUUUUUUCCAUUUCUGAGAAAAUGGGUUUAUGAUUUCAUCAAGUGUUGAGCUGUGAAGCUUAAUUUUUAUAUGUUCCCCUAUUGUGGUCUUUGUUUUUGUUCGAUGUCGUCUUCCAAUUGUCCUGAUAUUUUGACCAAUGCAUUUGAAUUUCUUGUAAAUUAGCCUUUUGUAAUAGUUGCUUUGAGGAAGUGGUUCAAUUUCUCACCAUCCCUCAUUCAAAUUGGAUCUUUUUAUUCAAUUUAUACUUCCUAUCUCCCUCUCUUUGAAGUUUGUAACUUUGGACAAGUAUUGAAACAAUGCCUAUAAUUUAUUUGGUGUUAUUGUUGCUGCUGGUAAAUGCUUUUGGACAAUAUGAUUUUGAAGCACUCUUGGAGCUCAAGAAGGGCAUUGAGAAAGACCCAUCUGGGGAAGUUCUUGUUUCAUGGGACUCCAAGUCCUUGGCAUCUGAUGGUUGCCCCCAGAGGUGGUAUGGGGUUGUCUGCAUUGAUGGCAAUGUACAUUCCAUUACUCUAAAUGACUUAGGCCUUAUUGGGAACUUUAGUUUCCCAGUUCUUACUGGCCUUAAAAUGCUUCGAAACAUAUCAAUUUUGAAUAACCAAUUGAUGGGAACUAUCUCAAAUGUUGGUUCCAUUCAGUCCCUUGAGUACUUGGAUAUUUCAUGCAAUUUGUUUCAUGGGUUUCUACCCACCACCAUUGUCAAUUUAAGGAAUAUUGUGCUUUUGAAUCUCUCUUCAAACAAUUUUCAAGGCAUGAUUCCCUCUGGUUUUGGUAGUCUUGAGAGGUUGAAAUAUUUAGAUUUGAGGGCUAAUAACUUUUCUGGAGAUAUAAUGAAACUGCUUUCCCAGUUGGGCAGUGUGGUUCAUGUCGACCUAAGCAACAAUCAGUUCUCUGGAUCAUUGGAUUUGGGACUUGGAGAUGACAGUUUUGUUUCAUCAAUUCAAUAUUUGAAUAUAAGCCAUAAUUCCUUGGUUGGAAAGCUCUUUGCUCAUGAUGGAGUUCCAUUUUUUGACAGUUUAGAGGUCUUUGAUGCUACUAAUAAUCAGCUAGAUGGUGAUAUACCUCCAUUUCAAUUUGUUGUCUCUCUUCAGAUUCUAAGGCUUGGAAGUAACCUGUUAUCAGGGUCUCUACCAGAAGCUCUUUUUGAAGACAAAUCAAUGGUGUUGUCUGAACUGGAUCUCAGCCUUAAUCAACUUGAAGGUCCAUUGAGAAGUAUCACUUCUGCAACUCUCAAGAAGCUAAAUUUAUCUUCAAACAAAUUGACUGGCUUCUUACCUGCCACUGUAGGACACUGUGCCAUUGUAGAUCUGAGUAAUAAUAUGUUAUCCGGAAAUGUAUCAAGAAUUCAGAACUGGGGAAAUUAUGUAGAAGAUAUUCAGUUGAGUAAUAAUUCGUUGACAGGGAGUUUGCCAAACCAAACUUCUCAAUUCUUGAGGUUGACUUCACUCAAGGCAUCAAACAACUCAUUGAAUGGUGAACUUCCAAUAGUUUUGAGCACGUAUUCACAACUACAAGUGAUUGAUCUUAGCCUUAAUUUUCUCAGUGGGUUCCUCCUUCCAGACCUCUUCACCUCGACAACAUUGACUCAUCUCAACCUUUCAGCCAACAAUUUCACUGGCUCAAUCCCUCUUCAGAAAGUACAAAGCUCCACCCAGAAUUUGAGCUUGAUGUCUCUUGAUUUGUCAUAUAAUUCCUUAGAUGGCAUUUUUCCCCGUGAAGUCAAUAAAUUCCAUAACUUGGUACUUUUAAACCUAUCCAACAACAUACUCAAAGGCCCCAUUCCAGGGGACCUUCCUGAUCAGUUGAAAGGAUUUAAUGUGUCUUAUAACAAUCUCUCUGGUGUGGUACCUGAUAAUUUGAGGCGGUUUUCUGAUUCAGCUUUCCAUCCUGGAAAUCCCUUCUUGAUUUUUCCUAACUUACAGUUGUCAACUGAAGGUGCUACAGAUAUGACUUUAAAGAAACGUAGAUCUCACAUGAAACCUUCAAUUAAAAUUUUCUUGAUAGCUGGUAUGGUUGGUACUGCAACUGUAGUAGCUAUUUUGUGCAUGCUUAUUUACUACUGGACCCGUUGGCAGACUCAUGGUAGGAGAAGUUUAAAAGGGGAUGAAAGACAUGAAGGUGUAUCACAGGAGCAUUCUUCCCUUUCUCAUUCCACCUCAAUUAACAAAAAUUUGGACAGAUCUUUAUCAUCAUUUAGUUUUCACCAAAGUCUUCAUCCAUCAUCACAGUUAGGUUCUGCAUAUUAUCCUGGGGACACAUCAUCAGCUCUGCAGAAGCCUACUGAUCAUCCUGAAUCAGUAAGAAAAAAUGAAGGAUUAUCUUCUCCAUUGUCAUAUUUUUCAUCUUCAAAUCCUUCACCUUCUAAAAGCCAACUUUCCUCAGAGCAUCCAGGUGUCCUCCAAGUAUAUUCUCCAGAAAAAUUGGCAGGAGAUUUACACCUGUUUGAUGCCUCCCUAAUGUUCACAGCAGAAGAACUUUCACAUGCUCCAGCAGAAGUUAUUGGAAGGAGUUGCCAUGGUACCCUAUAUAAAGCCACACUUGACUCUGGUGUUGUAUUGGCUGUAAAAUGGUUAAAAGAGGGAAUAGCAAAAGGGAGGAAAGAAUUUGCAAGGGAAGUAAAGAAACUUGGGAACAUCAGACAUCCCAAUUUAGUUUCUCUUCAGGGUUACUAUUGGGGACCAAAAGACCAUGAGAAGAUGAUUUUAUAUAACUAUGUUAAUGCACAAUGUUUGGCUUUCUACCUGCAAGAUACAGAGCCAAGAAAACUCCCACCUUUAUCGCUUCACGAUCGGCUCAGGGUUGCUGUUAAUGUUGCUCGAUGUCUGAGCUACUUACACAAUGAGAAAGCAAUACCCCAUGGCAACCUCAAAUCCACAAACAUUUUAUUACAACCUCCAAACAUGAAUCCACUGCUCUCAGAUUACAGUCUCCAUCGAAUACUGACAUCAGCUGGCACAGCAGAACAAGUUCUGAAUGCUGGUGCUCUUGGGUAUAGGCCCCCGGAAUUUGCAAGCUCAAGUAAACCCUGCCCAUCAUUAAAAAGUGAUGUCUAUGCAUUUGGGGUUAUCUUGUUAGAGCUCCUAACUGGAAAAGGUUCAGGAGAGAUCGUUUCAGGGGACCCAGGAGUAGUUGAUCUGACAGAAUGGGUAAGGUUAUUGGCCCAAGAAAACCGUUGUAGCGAGUGCUACGAUAAGCUGCUUCUUAAUGAACCAAAUGCAGAGGCACCCAGAAUUCUUGGUGAAAUGCUGCAAGUGGGAUUAAGAUGUAUCCUACCGGCAUCCGAGAGGCCUGACAUGAAGUCAGUUUUUGAAGAUCUCUCAAUGAUAGUAUUAUGAAAUGCCUCUCAAAUUGAACAGAAGUUCUAACUCCAGCCUCUGUCACUAAACCCAUUUUUAUCCUUGUAUUUAUUGGAGGGGUAUUGUUUAUGAUUGGUGUUUUUUGGCUGUUAAUGUGAAUAAUGGGCAUUGGAUAGAUAGAAUAUUGUUAGAUGCAGGAAAGGAAAUAAGAUUAUUUGUCCCCUCAGGUUGGUGGGUUAAUUCAUUCUUUUUAACCCUGUCUUGUCUUCUGAAUGUAAUUGUUAUUUCACCAUUUGAAAAAUUAUUCAUUUGCAUAUUCAAGCCUGCGCGAUGUAGCGGAUUAUAAAUUUAUCUUUCAAAUUAAUUUAUACAGAGUAUAUAUUAGUCCAGA